AUGCGAAAUGAAAGGAAUGUGACUGUGUUCAUUCUAGUAGGUCUUACACAGAACCCCCAAAUGCAAAAAGUAGUGUUUGUGGUGUUUUUGGUCUUGUACAUGGUAACCCUCUCAGGCAACCUGCUCAUUGUGGUCACCAUCACCACCAGCCAGGCUCUGAACUCCCCCAUGUACUUCUUCCUGACCCACCUUUCCUUGAUAGACACAAUUUACUCUUCUUCUUCGGCUCCUAAGUUGAUUGUGGACUCCCUUCAUGAGAUCAAGACAAUCUCCUUUAAUGGCUGUAUGGCUCAAGUCUAUGCAGAACACGUUUUUGGUGCUGCUGAGAUCAUCCUGCUGACAGAGAUGGCCUAUGACCGCUACGUGGCCAUCUGCAGACCUCUGCACUACACGGCCAUCGUGAGCCGCAGGCCGUGCCUCCUCCUGCUGGGGGUGGCCUGGACCGGGGGGUUUCUCCACGCCAGCGUUCAGAUCCUCUUUACAGUCCGGCUGCCCUUCUGUGGCCCCAAUGUCAUAGACCACUUCAUGUGUGACUUGUACCCUUUGUUGAAGCUUGUCUGCGUGGACACCCACAUCCUUGGUCUCUUUGUUGCUGCCAACACAGCAAAUGGAGGACUGAUCUGCACUGUUGUGUUUCUGCUCUUACUCGUCUCCUACGGAGUCAUCCUGCACUCUCUGAAGAGCCUGAGUCAGGAAGGGAGGCGGAAAGCCCUCCAGACCUGUGGUUCCCACAUCACUGUGGUUGUCUGCUUCUUUGUUCCCUGCAUUUUCAUGUAUGUGAGGCCUGCUAAGACCUUCCCCACUGACAAAUCUGUGAGUGUGUUCUAUACAGUCAUAACUCCCAUGCUGAACCCACUAAUCUACACUCUGAGAAACUCAGAGAUGACAAAUGCCAUGAAGAAGCUCUGGAGAAGGAGCAUGUCACCGAACAGGGUCCCAUUUGUUUAUUUUUGCUUUUAUUUCUAA